UCGUGGUAUAAUAAUGCAACGUUUGUGUAAUUAAUGUGUAUUAAUAGUCAAACAUGACAAGUUAGGACUCAAAGUUAUUUCAGAUUCGGAUAUUUUGAAGGUACUCGUUAAGUACCUGUUCCAUUUCAAAAACCAAAGAAAUGCCAAUUUGAUGAAGUAGUGAAGGAUGGAGACCUUAUGUAAUGCUGUGGAACCCUAUCGACAAAGUUUGGCGUAUGCACCUAUUGGAAUCUUAUUGUGUUCAAUUCCUUGGUUCGCAUUGACGAAAAUUACAGAAAAAAUCUCUUUUGUAGAUGCGGAACAUCUUAGGAAAACAUUUCUGGCACUUCUAUAUACUGGUGCUUACGUUUAUAUGUGGACCAAGGGCUCCAACCCUCACGAUGUCGAAGUAAAGGAAAACGUCUUCGCCGAUGAAUUGUUCCUCCUCCUGGGAGGUGGAUACUACCUCAUCCACACCCAGCGGCCAACCUUCAGGCACAUCGCACACGGCUUCCUCUUCGUCGUCCUUAUCAUAGCUGUGAUAAUCCACGCUAAACUUGGGGCAGCCGCCAAUCUCUAUGGAUUUCUCGUGGAAGCUCCAAAUGUCUUCCUAAUGCUGACCGCUUUUUUCGAAAAGCUCCACUUCAUGGCUAUCACAUGGGCUCUUAAAUAUCUAAGUAUCAUUGUAUAUUUCAUGAGUAACAUUGACGUAUGUAAUGUCGGUUGUCGGGUUAUGACCAAUGAAGAAAUUCCUGUUCAUAUUAGGGUUGUAUUUUUGUUCCUAUUGAUACUGCAGUUUCUCAAUAUCAUUGAAGAAGUUUCCGGACUGAUGGGUGGUAAAGAGUCAGGAAAACCUGAAAAACCUCCGCAGAAAAUUAUUUGCACGCAUAUAAAAUGUUCAACUACUUCCCUAUGUUGUUCGUGAUGGUUUAAGAGAUACUGAAAUUAAAUUUUGUUUAAUAUA